AUGGCCUCAACAAAUACAAGCCCCAUCAUCCCUCAUAUCCUCAUUCUUCUUGUUGCUAUGCUCAACAUUUGCAUCUUGUCCUAUGAUGCAGGCAUGAUCAACAACUUGAACAAGGUUCAGCCGUAUUUUGAAUAUUUCAACCUCAAUAGCGACCUCAUUGGGCUCAAUGGCGCCAUCAUCAGUGCCGGAUGCAUUGUUGGUGGUCCGCUCGUUGGCCCUAUCGUUGAUCGCUGGGGACGAAAACCUGGGCUUCUAAUGGGUUCAGUAUCCAUCCUCUUAGGAGUAGCACUACAAACAUCGGCAGGCGGAGUUCCCCAACUUAUCGUCGGCCGCUUCAUUAUCGGUGUCGCUACUCUGAUAAACGGUUCUAUUGCCCCCAUGUGGGUAAUGGAGUUGGCUUCACCAAGAUACAGAUCUGCGCUUUCAAACCUUGUCAUCACCUCCGUACCGUUUACCUCAUUCCUUGUCUCGUGUAUCAUCCUAUGCAUAUACGACAAGAAGUCUGACUGGGCGUGGAGGGGGAUUAUGAUUGGGGAAGCAGUCCCAUCGAUAAUUAGUCUUUGCCUCCUUCCGUUUGUCGACGAAAGCCCACGAUGGCUUCUGAACAAGGGUCGCAAAGAUGAGGCCACUCAGAUCCUCUCUCGUUUACACGCCAACGGGAACCCUCACCAUCCUAUCAUCGUUGCAGAAGUUCAGGAGAUUCUUGAUGCUCUGGAGCAAGAGAAAAAGUUUAACGGAGGUUGGAAAGAGUUGGUAUCACCCGCCUCUAACCUGAAAAGGUUCAGUAUCGCUGUCUUGACGAACAUAUUUUACCAAAUCCUAGGAGGAAACAUGAUCUUGUAUUUCUCGUCCUUUAUUAUUGGAAAUCUUCUAAUUGAGAACCCCGCAACUGUCAUAAAGAUUAAUAUCGGGCUGCUGUUGUUCAAAACCUUUUGCAGCGUGGGAGGUGUUUUCAUUAUUGAUCGAAUCGGGAUUCGCAAACCACUUAUUGCUGGCACAUCAGCCGUUGUGGUCCUUUUCGGUCUUCUCGCUGGCUUGUCGUACCUUACCGAUAGUCAUCCUGAUACUGACGGAUAUGCUAUUGGCGCCCUUAUAGUGGUAGCUCUAUUCCUCCUUGCAGUAUCUACCAGCUGGAUGCUUCUAGCUUAUACCUAUCCUGUCGAGGUCCUUAAAUACUCGCAACGAGCUAAGGGUGUCGUGGCUGCCCAGGCUAUAGGUUAUGCUUUCAGUUUCCUAAACCUUUACACUGCGCCAAUGGCUAUCGAAAAGAUCUCUUGGCGAUACUAUGCUCUUAAUGGAGGUUGGGACCUUGGGAUAUUACUUGUUGUAGUGUUGUUGUUUGUCGAGACUAAAGGCAGGACUCUAGAGGAGAUUAACGGACUCUUUGAAGCCACAGUUUAUACAGACAGUGUGGAUGCUAGGGAGAUUGUUACUACGGCUAGAGUGGAGCAGGAAGAGAACAGUGAUAUGGGAAUUAUUGCUAAGAAGCCUAGUAUGGCCUCUAGCAAUAUAGAUUGA